CCUCCCCCCGUCGGACGGUGGCCGCGCGGGGCCGGGCCGCGUUCUCCCAUGGCGGAGCGGGAGGAUGUCGCUGGUGCUUGGGCUGCUGUCGCACACGCUGAGCAGGGUGCUGCGCUACUCCGGGCUCAGUAGGGGCUGCCAUGCGCCGAGCCGCGGGGCCAUGGAGCACGACAAGGCCAUGGAGGUUUACGAUAUAAUCCGAACCAUCCGGGACCCGGAGAAACCCAACACUUUAGAAGAGCUGGAAGUGGUGACAGAAAGCUGCGUCAAGGUGAACGAGAUCAGCGAGGAGGAGUAUCUGGUUGUCAUCAGGUUCACACCAACAGUACCUCACUGCUCUCUGGCUACUCUCAUCGGCCUUUGUUUAAGAAUAAAACUUCAGAGAUGUUUGCCUUUUAGACAUAAGCUGGAAAUCUACAUAUCUGAAGGUACACAUUCCACUGAAGAAGACAUCAACAAGCAAAUCAAUGAUAAGGAGAGAGUCGCAGCUGCGAUGGAGAACCCAAACUUGCGUGAAAUCGUGGAGCAGUGUGUUAUGGAGCCCGACUAGGAGCUGCGAUGCACACAGUCACCAUUUUGAUACACUUCUUAAGAUAUCUUUGUUUAAAAAAGAGGAAUCGAAGCCUUGAGUUUAAUACUUGAGUUCUUUUUAUCUUCCGGAUGUUUUUUAAAAAAAUGGUUUAUAAGAUAGAUUUAAAUUAUGGAAAAUCAGUCUCUAAAAUAAAAGGAAGAAUAUAGUGUUAAGAGUUUGUAAUAUCUGGUGUCCAGAGAAGUAUUUUAUCUCAUUACAAAGUGAAACAGCACUGUAUGUGUUGCCUUCUGAUUGCCGUUGUGAUACAAAUGCAGUUUUGCAGGUUACAUUUCUAUUGUUUCAAUCACUGCACUGUAAAAAUAAAAGAGAUUCUUGUACUGAAA